GGUCGGCUCUCAGCCAAUAAGAACACAGCUGCAACCCGGAAACGAGGCUAGAGCUUAAAAAAAAGGCGCCUGGUCAAAACAGGGGGGAAGCUGCAGAGGCCAUGAGUUUCUCUCCUCAUCCUCCCAGUCUCUCUGGGAGCAACAGUGUGGAGGAGCAGAGGAGCCGCUGGGAGAGAAAACGCAGCCGAGCAGCCAAAGAACUGGUUCAGACGGAGCAGCACUACUGCCAGCAGCUGGAACUAGUCACUACAUUCUUUGUGGAAAUCCUUAAAGCCAAAGGAACCUUAAAGGAGGACAUUAGAGAAGCAAUCUUCAGCUCAAUCAAAUCCAUUCUGUCCAUCAAUCGGUUGGGGGGAAAGUUUCUUGUGUUCCAGCUGAAGCUGUUAAGCAGGUGUAUUCAAACAAAGUUUAUCAAACCUUAAGCUCCUCAGGGAGCCGUUUUCAAGGCUGCAGCUGACUAUACCCAUAGUCAUUCUACAUAGUU